GUGCCAGAGAAAUAAGUUUCAGUGUUCUGCCGACCGAGCUAGCGUCAAGUUCUACAUCACACAAGGAUUAUUUUAUAAAAAAGAUGGUCUCCUCACGACGGAUCACGUCCGUUUGGCUGUUGAAUUUGUUUUGGGCUUUCGUGAUGAUUUUAGCGGCCGUCGAGGCUUCGAAAAACGGCGGCAAACGUGUCGGUUUCAAAAAGAACGUCAACACCGCCAACCAGUGGUCCUGCAAACAUCCUCAGCCGCGUUUAGUUUACAUCAGUCAAAUGGAGGAUUAUGCGGCGCCCAAUGUCGUCUACUUGCCAUCGGCUUUGCUGGUCCACCGCUGCGACGAUUCGGCCGGCUGUUGCCUGACGCCCGGCCAGACGUGCUCGUCGGUGGAGCACCUGGAGGAGUUGGUCAACUUUGUCGUUCACGAACAUCACCACGCCGGCCACUCGGCCGGCCACCAUCACGGCAGCAGCGCCAAUAAGAAACUCAACCGGAAGGCGACGGUGACGGUGCCGGUCAAGAAUCACACGCAAUGCGAGUGCGUCGGACGCAACAACCUGAGGGCCAGGAGGUCGUCCUUGGUUCACCGAAUCGACAUGACAGUGCAAUAAUUAUAUAUCUUAUUGAAAUGAGUUGUUUUUCGUUGGAAUCAAAAGAAUUCUACGUACCGCUGUGCCUCAAAAAUGGAUUUUCUACAGCUGGAUCAAAUUCCGGCGGAUGGAUUUUUUUUAAUUCUUCAAAUAACCUAACGAGACCCGAAAUUUGAAUUUCAGUUAGGGCCAAAUUUUUGUGAAUUUGAUUUUUUUUAAUACGUGUAUACGCUAUAGUUUGGUGAUUUUCUGACCCGCUUGAUUAUUAAAAUCUAUCUAUACUAAUAAUGAAUUUUAAAUAACCCCGCCCGCCAUAUGACUCUCGCAUGAUGUUAUACCUCUGUACACAAGUGAACAAUUUCAAUGAGAGUUUUAUAACUAUGGAAAACGAACGAUAAUAUCUUUUUAAAUAUACAACGCAUAAAGUGAAACAAAAA